AUGAUGAGGACGGCGAACGAGCUCUCGGAUUACCUGAUGGGCGAGAGACCCGAGCGUACGGCGCGUAGCGUUCCGCGCGCGCCUCAAAGAGCCAAUAGACCACCACAGACGGGGCCCUAUAGGGCUGAUGUUCAGCCGGGGUUGCGGGUGGUGCUGGUGUGGUCAGUCCAGAGCCUGCAGCUGGACAGCCAGGCUUCCACGAGGAGGCCAAGGGUCACCAAGUACAGCAAGACUACUAUUGCACCAGGAGGGUCAACGGAAGCAGUAACAGAAAGGAGCCUAAACACUGCCACGUAUCGUCUGCUGGGCAGAGAUGGAGAGACGUGCAUCUUAUUGAUGGUCGACGCUCUACUAGAUAUUUCUUACGUCACCAAACUUAAUGAAAGAGCCGAUGCAAACACGUUCGUUCCAAACAACGCCAACGUUGCUGGAGCGUGUAAGGAGAGCGAUGCAGAAACACUCCUGCUGACCUUUAAAGACUUUGCUCUAGAAUUCUCAUUUUCUAAAACUCCAGGCGGAGAGCGUUGGUACGCUGACAGUCUGCGCCUUACUUACAACUCGAGCGCUCGCAUCCUUGAGCACGCAGCCAACCAAGGUCGGAAGGUCACGCUCAGCACCGACUCCAGGGAGCUCCUGUUCCCUACUCCAGUUGGCAAGUCUUAUUCGUGUCCUGAGGAAACCAUCAUUGAGUUGGCGGAGGAAGAUGCCAAUCCUGCCACAACUCAUCGCGCCAAAUUGUACCUCCGUGAGAUGCGGCUGCAGGCUUUCAUGUACAAGCGAGGCGGGGAGUUUGGUCCAGCGUGGGCCUGCGCCCGGGCAGCGCGCGCACGCGCCGAGGCAGCGCCCGUCGCCGUCGGCGCAGCCCUAGCGCUCGCCACAGCAGCCACACUUUGCGCGUACGCCGCUUGGCGCUACUUCAAGGUCAAGAAGGUAAGUUAUGAUGGAGGGACGAUCUCCGGCCACCGUAAGCGCGGGUCUGCGGACGUCGAGUUAGGAUUGCUCGCCGCCCAACCAUAUUCGGAUACGAGCGGACGGCGCGUAGCGUUCCGCACGUUCCUCAAAGAGCCAAUAGACCACCACAGACGGGGCCCUAUAGAGCUGAUGUUCAGCCAGGGUUGCGGGUUAAGCGCAAUAAGUCACAGCGGCCUCGGCCCAGAGGAGGAGAAGGAAUGGGAGUUUUUAGUCAGUAACAAUCUGACAUUGUCUCUCGCGUUACCCUGGGCGGGCAUAUGA